AUGAGGCGCGUGCCGGGGGCGUGUCCCGCCUGCGUCAGGGGGCGUGGCCCGUCCGCGUGCUGGGCGUGCCCCGUGCUUUCCCCCGCCUGGGAAAAGGGAAUUGGCGGCCUGGCGCCGCCCGCCUUCGGGGAGGUGGGACUCAAACCCAGGACCUCGGACUCCGCCGAGCUCCUCGGUCCCACUCUGCCUCAGUUUCCCCCGCCUGGGAAAAGGGAAUUGGCGGCCUGGCGCCGCCCGCCUUUCGGGGAGCUGGGAUUCGAACCCGGGACCUCGGACUGCGCCGAGCUCCUCGGACUCCGCCGAGCUCCUCGGUCCCGCCGUGAGAUGGAGACCCCCGCCGAUGACCUCCGACCCCCAGGACCGUCCCCCGGGCCCGGGACCACCCCAGCAGGCGCGUCCCCGGGCUCGUUCCUGCGCGUGGUGGAGGCGGUGGGCAACGUGAGCGCCGUGCGGGGCCAGACGGCGGUCCUCCAGUGCCGGGUGGCGGGCAGCCCCCCGCCCACGGUCCGCUGGCUGAAGAACCACGCGCCCCUGGCCGGGGAGGGGGCCCGCGUCACGGUGCGGCACGCUGAGCGAAGCGCCGCGCCCGGCGGGGACCAGCGGGCCGCCCGCCUCCGCAUCCAGCGCCUGGACACCACCGACACGGGCUACUAUCAGUGCCUCGCCACCAACGGCCUCCACACCGUCACCACCACCGGCCUGCUCUUCGUCAGACCCGGUCCCACCACCAGCCCAAACCACAACUCCCAGGAGGGCGAGGAGGACGGUUUCUGCCAACCCUACCGGGGCAUCGCCUGUGCCCGCUUCAUCGGGAACCAGACCAUCUUCGUGCGCUCGCUGCAGAUGCAGGGAGACAUCGAGAACCGCGUCACCGCGGCGCUGACGAUGAUCGGCACGUCGACGCAGCUGUCGGACGAGUGCUCGCGCUUCGCCAUCCCGUCCUUCUGCCACUUCGUCUUCCCGCUGUGCGAGCCGGGGGGCGGGGCCCGGCCCGAGGGCCCCACGGCGCCUGCGCGGCCCGAGGGCCCCGAGGCCCCCGCGGCGCCCGCGCGGCCGCGCCCGCUCUGCCGGGACGAGUGCGAGGCGCUGGAGAGCGACCUCUGCCGGCAGGAGUUCGGCAUCGCCCGGUCCAACCCGCUGCUGCUCAUGCGCCUGGAGCUGCCGCGCUGCCGCGACCUCCCGCCGCCGGGGACCCCCGACGCCCAGCGCUGCGUCCGCCUCGGCGUCCCCCCGCCCCCGCUGCCCACACGGCUGAGCUCGGCGGUCGGCCUAGGCCCGGUGUACAUCCUGGUCCCCAGCGUGACGGUGCCCCUGUUGGUGGCCGCCCUGUCCCUCCUCGUCUGCCUCUGCCGCGGCCGGCGGAAGGCCCCCGGCCCGGACCCCCGGACCCCCCGACCUCGAGAUGCCCCUCGUGGCCCACCAGCUCCAGGCGCGUUAUGCCCCGCCUGCUUACGCACGGAACACGCCGCCGACGUACGAACCACGCCCCCGGCACGCUCCUCAUUACGUAGGCAGACCCCGCCCCUGACGCAGGCCCCCCCCCGACAGAACCGGGCCACGCCCCCUCGCGCAGCCGCGGAGGGCCCCGCCUGCUUACUUAGCCAGACCACGCCCCCGACGCACGAGCCACGCCCCCGGCACACGCCCUAUUACGAAGGCAGACCACGUCCCUUACGUAUGCGCCACGCCCCUGAGGACAGGGCCACGCCCCCUCGCGCAGGCGCGUUAUGCCCCGCCGGCUUACGCACGGACAACGCCCCCGACGCACGAGCCACUCCCCCGGCACGCGCCUCAUUACGUAGACGUGUCACGCCCCUGACGCGCGGAAGGACCCGCCUGCUUACGCAGACAGACCACGCCCCCGACGCACGAGCCACGCCCCCCGACAAGCACCUCAUUACGUGGACGGGGCAAGCGCUGACGAGAGAGCCACGCCUCCGGCACGCUCCUCAUUACGACCGGGCCACGCCCCCACGCGCCGCCUGCUUACGCCGGGAGACCAAGCCGCCAACGCACGAGCCACGCCCCAAGCACGCGCCUCAUAACGUGGGCAGGACACGCCCCUGA